UCAUCACCCUGUUUGGGAACUGCCUGAUCCUCACCCUCAUCGUGCUGGAUCCCCAGCUGCACAGCCCCAUGUACUUCUUCCUCGGCCACCUCGCCUUCCUGGACAUGUGCUACUCCUCCAUCACGCUGCCCAAGAUCCUCGUCAACCUCCGGCACCAGUGGGACACCAUCUCCUACCGGGAGUGCUUGGCACAGAUUUUCUUCCUCAUGACCUGCGCAGAAACAGAGUGUGCACUGCUCACCGUCAUGGCCUUUGACCGGUACGCGGCCAUCUGCAAACCCCUGCACUACACCCGCAUCAUGAGUAAGAAGGUGUGUGUCCCACUGGCCACAGUGUCCUGGCUCUGGGGCAUCCUGAACUCAGCCAUCCACAAUUUCCUGACCACCAACGUCUCCUUCUGUGGAGCCAACCAGAUCCACCACAUCUUCUGCGACAUCCCUCCUCUGCUGAAGAUCGCCUGCAGCGACACCUACAUCAACGAGAUGGCUCUUCAUGCUGCCACUGUCUUCGUGGGAUUGAUCCCAUUUCUGCUUGUUCUCAUCUCAUACGCCUACAUCCUGCUAGCCAUCCUCCGCAUCCGCUCCAACAUGGGCAGGCACAAAGCCUUCUCCACGUGUGCUGCACACCUGGUCGUGGUCAUCAUCUACUUUGGGACGGCCAUCCUGAACUACAACAAGCCCAGCGCUGGCUACUCUGUGGAGGUGGACACGCUGGUCUCCACGCUCUACUGCAUCCUCACCCCCAUGCUCAACCCCCUCAUCUACAGCCUCCGCAACCAGGACGUGAAGGGCGCCCUGAGGAGGGCCCUGGGGCACCACAAGAAGGACAAUAGCAGCUUCGGCCGGAUCGAGGCAGAAACCCAGCCCAGAGCUCCGGAUCGGAUCGUGGCCAUCCGAAGCAACCGGAUCCGAAGCCGGAUCGGAUUGCUGCCUGCUCGCACAGGCGUAGCUGCCACUGGCCCCAUGGACGGGGCGAACCAGACGCAAGUGACAGAGUUUGUCUUCCUGGGCUUCUCCCGCGUCCUGCAGAGCCAGGCCUUCCUCUUCCUGGCUUUCCUCGCCAUCUACCUCAUCACCCUGCUGGGGAACUGCCUGAUCCUCACCCUCAUCGUGCUGGAUCCCCAGCUGCACAGCCCCAUGUACUUCUUCCUUGGCCACCUCGCCUUCCUGGACAUGAGCUACUCCUCUGUCACCGUGCCCAAGAUCCUCGUUAACUUUGUACGCCAGCGAGAGACCAUCUCCUACCGGGAGUGCAUGGCACAGAUGUUCUUCCUCAUGACCUGCGCAGGAACAGAGUGUGCGCUGCUCACCGUCAUGGCCUUUGACCGGUACGCGGCCAUCUGCAAACCCCUGCACUACACUUGCAUCAUGAGCAAGAAGGUGUGUGUCCCACUGGCCUCGGCCUGCUGGCUCUGGGGCAUCCUGAACUCAACUAUGCACACCUCCCUGGCCACGGACGUCUCCUUCUGUGGAGCCAACCAGAUCCACCACAUCUUCUGCGACGUCCCUCCUCUGCUGAAGAUCGCCUGCAGUGACACCUACAUCAACGAGAUGGCUCUUCAUGCUGCCAGCAUCUUUGUAAGCCUGAGCCCAUUUCUGCUCGUCCUCAUCUCGUACGUCUACAUCCUAGCGGCCAUCCUCCGCAUCCGCUCCAAAAUGGGCAGGCGCAAAGCCUUCUCCACCUGCACCUCCCACCUGAUCGUGGUCAUCAUCUACUUUGGGAUGGCCAUCCUGAACUACAACCGGCCCAGCACCGGCUAUUCCCUGGAAGUGGACACGCUGAUCUCCACGCUCUACUGCAUCAUCACCCCCAUGCUGAACCCUCUCAUCUACAGCCUCCGCAACCAGGACGUGAGGGGGACCUUGAAGAAGGUGCUUGGGCACAAGAGGAGGGACUGUGUUUCCACACAUGGGGAAUCAGGGCCAGGUUAG